AUGCAUUCCUCACUGGUACGGAGACUCUACAAAGAAAGAGAAUUGGAGGGGCAUCAGGGUUGUGUCAAUUCCAUAGCCUGGAAUUCUAAAGGCUCACUCUUGAUUUCUGGAUCAGAUGACACGCGGAUGAAUAUUUGGAGCUACACUGGUCAAAAGCUUCUGCAUUCUAUAGAUACUGGACAUUCUGCAAAUAUAUUCUGCACUAAAUUUGUCCCUGAAACAUCUGAUGAGCUUGUGGUUUCUGGAGCUGGAGAUGCAGAGUGGGGGGAUCGCGAUGAUAAUUCUAUUGCUCCAUCAGCAAUGUAUCAGUGUCAUACAAGAAGAGUGAAAAAAUUAGCUGUUGAAGUUGGAAACCCCAAUGUUGUCUGGAGUGCAAGUGAAGAUGGAACACUUAGACAGCAUGAUUUUCGGGAAGGGUCUUCAUGCCCGCCAACAGGAUCUAAUCCCCAUGAAUGUUGCAACAUUCUGCUUGACUUGCGGUCUGGAGCAAAGAGGUCAUUAGCUGAUCCUCCUAAGCAAAGCCUUGCUCUGAAAUCUUGUGACAUCAGUACCAGUCGGCCUCAUUUGCUCCUGGUUGGUGGGAGGUCUGAGUCUGUUGCCAUCCAAGGACGUUCGAGCUUGCACCUUACUCAUGUGACAUUUAGUCCAAAUGGGGAUGAGGUUCUCCUCAGUUAUAGCGGAGAGCAUGUAUAUCUAAUGAAUGUGAAUCAUAGUGGAGGGACUGCUGUGCGAUAUACUAUGGGAGAUUCUUCAAAAUUGAUGACCUUCACACCUACACUCAAUGUGCUAGAGCUGCAACCACUAGCAUCUCGUGCAUUUAAAUGUCGUACUCCUUCAAAAACCAAUGGUUCUUCCGUGCUUGAGAAGUGUAGAAAGCUGGUUCAAAUUGCCGAAAAAUCCUUAGAGGAGGGGACAGAUUAUUUCUAUGGAAUUGAGGCAUGCAAUGAAGUUUUGGAUGGCCAUGGUCAUGAUAUUGACCCAACAUUUAGGCAUGAAUGUCUCUGCAUUCGUGCUGCCUUGCUGCUUAAGCGGAAAUGGAAAAAUGAUGUUCACAUGGCCAUAAGAGAUUGCUAUAAUGCUCGAAGAAUUGACAGUUCUUCCUUCAGAGCCCUUUAUUAUAUGUCUGAAGCUUUGUCACAGCUUGCUACCCAUUACUCUGUCAAAAUUGCGCCGGUGAACCAGACCGAUGCCUCUGCUGCCCUGGGAAAACAUAAGGAAGCUCUAGAAUUUGCCAUUGCUGCCCAAAUUUCAGCGCCAGCCAAUACUGAAGUAACAGUAUUGAUGGAGAAUAUAAAAAAGAAUCUUGCUGCAGGGGAAGCUGAAAAAACUAGUAAGGCAAAUGAUGGGGCACCAAGGUCUGAACCCAGAAGUGGGCGAGCAUUGUCACUGAGUGAUAUACUCUACCGCUCAGAGGCAAAUAGUGAUGCUUCACAUGAUGGUCCAGGGUCUGAUAGGGAAGAUUCUGACUAUGAUGAGGAGUUGGAGUUGGACUUCGAAACAUCAGUGUCAGGUGAUGAAGGGCGUGAUGUUGAACCAAACAUUCUUCAUGGAAGUUUGAAUCUGAGAAUUCAUAGGAGAGGUGAUUCAACUAGAGAUUCAAGCUGUACAAAUGGCUCAUGUGGGUCACCUUCAUCAUCACAAAAUGAUCGAAUGCCUUAUCAGCCAGAGGCAGUCAUUGAUAUGACGCAGAGAUAUGUUGGUCACUGUAACGUUGGGACUGAUAUAAAACAGGCUAGUUUUCUUGGGCAAAGAGGUAAUAUGCUUGGUUUUUCAGAUGUAGUCAAUCAGCUACCUGAAAAAAUGGCUUCUUGGAAAGUAUUGGCCAUUGCCCAUAGGACCUCAUUAUGCUUGCCUUUGACAUGUGAUUACGUGGCCAGUGGAAGUGAUGAUGGUAGAUGCUUUAUAUGGGAAAAGCAAACUGGUAGAUUGAUAAAAAUGCUUCUUGGAGAUGAGGCUGUACCAUCAGCAGGACCUGAAAUUUCUAAUGUGCUGGAAGCCAUGGAAAGCAACCAGCGAAGGUUAUGCCAGAAUCGUGAAGCUAUCCUCCCCUUCGAACUCCUAGAGCGGUUUCGGAUGCAUGAAUUCACUGAAGGAACUUUGCACCCUUUUGAGUGUGCUCAGAGCUAA